AUGGAUAUCUUGUUGAAAUUAAAUCGACGAGUUACACGCUAUCUUAAACGAGCUAUCAUGGGAUCAACAUUUUUUUUUACAGAUGAACAAGAAAUUAACCGUCGAAGUAGUAUUGCUGGAGCUUCUUAUAAUUUAAUAAAUUCAAUUGUUGGAUCAGGUGUUAUUGGUAUGAGCUAUGCAUUCCGACAGUCAGGUUAUUUAGCUGGACUUGUAUUACUUGGUAUAGUCGCGAUUUUAACUGAUUAUUCAACUACAAUUUUACUUCGUUCAGGUCAGUUAGCAAAAGUAACAACAUAUCAAGAACUUGUUUAUAAUGUUCUUGGUAAAUUCGGUUUUAUAUGGCUUUCAUUAGUUCAAUUUCUUUAUCCAUUUAUCUGUCUUAUUUCAUAUAAUAUUAUCAUCGGUGAUACAGUAACUAAAGUUCUUCAUCGUUUAUGGCCAACAAUACCUUAUAUAUUUCAAGAUCGUUAUACAAUUAUUUUUCUUUGUUCUCUUUUUGUUACUUUACCAUUAUCACUUUAUCGAAAUAUUGCUAAAUUAUCUCAGAUAUCACUUGCUGGUCUUAUUCUUGUUGUAACAACAGUAUUAAUAUUGAUAAAACGUGGUUCUGAUACGAUACCAUAUAUAUCACAAGAAACUCGUAAUCUUCGUAUGAUAAAUACAAAUAUUGCUGAAAGUAUUGGUGUUAUGGCAUUUGCUUUUAUGUGUCAACAUAAUUCAUUUCUUAUAUUUCAUUCAAUGACUGAAAAAACUCUACCACGAUGGCGAGUUGUAACAUUAAUUACCACUACAAUUGCAUUUGCUUUUGCUAUUACAUAUGCUCUUACAGGUUAUAUUGUCUUUGGUCAACGAACUGAAGGUGAUCUUUUGGAAAAUUAUUGUCAUUGGGAUACACUUAUUAAUAUUGCACGACUUAUUUAUGCUAUCAAUAUAAUGUUGACAUUUCCAUUAGAAUGUCUUGUUUGCCGUCAAGUAAUCGAAAUUUUGUGUAGUCAAUGGAUAAAUUUCAAUUCAGAUCGUAGUCAUUAUAUUCUUACAAUUUUUAUUGUUACUGCUAGUGUAUUACUAUCAUUAGCUACAGAUUGUCUUGGAAUUGUUCUCGAAUUAAAUGGAUUAUUAGUUGCAUCAUCUCUUGCAUAUAUUUUACCAGCAUUAUGUUAUUUAAAAUUAAAACCACAUUCAUCACAAUUUUCACUCGAUAAUAUUGCACCAUAUAUUAUAUUAAUUAUUGGUAUAUUACUAACCAUAUCUGGUUUUGUUCUUCCAUUACGACAUGCAUUGCAAGAAGGUUAUUAUUGUCAACAUGGUAUUGAACCUCGUUAUUGUACACGAAUGUUUCCACGAGUAACAAAUUAUACAAAACAUGGAAAAAAAACUCUUCAUUUUCUUUCAUCACUUCAUACAUAA